AAUCUUGUUCUUGUCCAUGUUCAUGUGGCAACAUGCUUAUCUUGCUAACCACUCCAUUCCGUUCCAUUUGAUCAAAUGAUGAGCUCGAAGAGGAAGCUUUAUCAGUGGUUGAAGUUGCAAGCUUUCUUGAGUUCUUGUCUCCCUCUUUAAUUGUGUUGGUUUGUGGAGUUAUGCUGCCUUUUUAGUUCCUUUUCUUUUCUCAAGAAGAAAAAAAUCAAGGCAACCGGGAGGAGCCAAGAUCUUGUAUUGUUUUUUUUUUUAUAGCAAUUCUAUGAAAGAUUUGUCUUUGGAUCAACAUGAUCUCAUCAAUCUUUAGGAAGCCAAGAAUUUUAAGGUACAUGGCCUUUGAGGUUGGCAAAAGAAACCUUCUCCAAGUAGUGUUCAUGAAGGAGGAGGAAAGCUACAUAUUCCCUAAUACUUUUUCUUUCCCCUUCAAGCAUUACUAUUUAUACCAUGAAGUUUAGGGUUCAUGGUGGCAGCAAAGGCAUCACAUUCCUUUGGAGGAGGCCCAAGUUUGUUGCCAUGGUGAUGCUGCAUUUGGCUCCUCCUUCCUAUCUGAUCCGCAGGCACAAUUCCAUCUCCAUGCAACACUCAGAGUUGAAGCUCCAAAGAAGCAGCUUGAAGCAGUCGCAGGUGUCCUCGGAUGGGGUGGACAGCAGAAGCUUGUGGCAGUCCGAGAAGAAGCUGCUGAAUCAGAGUGUCUUGGCAAUUAUAUGUGAUGAGGAACCAGGCACAAAGCUGUAUCCGUUGACGAAGAGAAGGUCGAAAUCUGCGCUUCCGAUAGCGGCACAUUAUAGGAUAAUUGACUUUGUGGUGAGCAACUGUAUCAACAGUGACAUCACGAAGAUAUAUGCUCUAACUCAGUUUAACUCUACCUCUCUAAAUUCUCACAUAUCAAGAGCUUAUUCUGAUGUUGGCCUUGGAAAGGAUGGUUUUGUAGAGGUCUUGACUUCUUAUCAGAGCACUGAAGAUCUAGGGUGGUUUAAGGGAAAUGCUGAUGCAGUUAGAAAAUGGUUGUGGAGAUUGGAAGAGCAUCAAGUGGAAGAUGUAUUGGUUCUUCCUGGUCACCAUCUCUAUGAAAUGGAUUAUGGAAGAUUAAUUAGUGCUCAUAGAGAUACUGGAGCUCACAUAACGAUGGCAAUGGCAGCUAACGGCAGGAGGAAUUAUGAUACAUCUUUAAAUUUCCUUUUACGAGAUCCUGUUCAUGAACUGAAGUUGACAUUGGGUUCAAUUCAAGAUCAAUCUCUCAUAGUCACCACCGGCACCCGAACAUAUCCAGAUUUGGAUGUCAAGAACAUGGGAGUAUAUGUCAUUAGCAAGGAUGUGCUGUUCAGACUUCUACGAGAGGAACUACCCUAUGCGUAUGACUUUGAAACUGAAGUUAUACAAGGUGCAGUUUCCUUGGGGAUGAAGGUCCAUGCUUAUAUGUUUGAUGGACACUGGGAUGAUCUCAUGAGCAUCCAAGCAUUUUACCAGGCCAAUAUGGAGAGCAUAUCUAAACCAUUCAAUAUCAAUUUCCACAAUAAGCAGCCUGCAGUGUACACAUUGCCCAAUUAUGUUCCUCCAACUACAAUAUCCGAUGCGGUUGUAAAGAGUAGCAUUGUUGGUGAUGGCUGUCUCCUAAAUAGGUGCAAGAUCAGUCACUCUGUGAUCGGCAAGGGAACAUGCAUUGGAGAUGGAGCAACGAUUGAGAAAUCUGUGGUGAUGGGGAGCGAUAUAUACCAGGCAGAGUUACAAUGGAACACAGCAUUGCUGCAAGGUUCAGAUAUUCCAGUUGGCAUUGGAGAAAAGACUCACAUUCAAAAGGCUAUAAUCGAUAAAAAUGCAAGAAUUGGAAAGAAUGUUAAGAUCAUUAACCGAGACAGUGUCCAACAAUGCGAUAGAGAGGCAUGUGGAUACAUCAUUUCUGGAGGCAUUGUCAUCGUCAUGAAGAAUGCAAUCAUACCUGAUGGUAGCAUCCUAUAGUUGUUUUAACGUAGCUUAGACUUGUUGUGAAACUUAAUUCAGUUUUGGCCAAAACCACUACAAAGAUUGAAUGUCUGUCGAUAGAUAAAAGAAAAAGGUGAAAUAAAGAAAUGUGCAAAACAUUUAUAUU